CAUCAGUCGACCAAGUGCAGUCGACCAGUUCGGAAGCAACACGAGUCGAUCUUGCGAUUUGCGCGCGCGCUUGGAUUUUGAUUUGAACCUUGUUUUUUGGCACUAAAACUGUAUACUAGUUGAUUUAGUUGUUGACGAAGGAUUUUGUUUGUGGUCGUGAAUUUUGCACACUUUAGUAUUGGUUUAGUAGCACCUUAGAUCGGCAACACCGUGCUGGUUGUCGCUAGUGUUUGCAGUCGGCUUGUGGUGCAGUUCUGAGUGUACCUCCGUCAGGACUGGCCGCGUGACAAUUUUGGCCACCUUUAGUCAGUCAUCUCGUACCCGUCAGUUGGCCGCAGAUCGUCGUUGCGGUCGGAUCGUACACCUCGCUAAGCUUAAAGGUUCCCGGGACUAUCCUACCGUAUAAAUAUCUCGCAGUACUCGUGCUCGCUCAAGUGUAUCCCCUUAAAGUUGCAAGAAAUUAAGUGGAAAAGUACCAAACCGUCAAAGGUCUCCAAAUUCAACCGGAGAAGUGUUUCAUACCAGUUGCUGCAAGUAGUCGUCCUUAAAGGUUCAAACGUUAAACUACGGUUCUAGGGUGAACCAAUCUUGAUCGUUCGUUACCCCCGAGGAGUUUCAACCAAGUUCAACAAAACGGCACCCGUUCCGGCAUCACCACCGGUCGUUACCUCAGUACGGAACAGAAAUCGAGCAUCGGGCUGAGCCUAAACGCCGAAUUUCAAGAUUAAAGCAUCACAAUGACGGUGGAUAAAGGUCACACCAAUACAGCGUUCGUUGCAGAUGAUGGUCUCAACAGCAAAAAGGCCCACCAUGGCACGAAGAACAUCGCCAACAGCUUCGCGCUGGAGAUCCAGGACAAGAAGCCGGGCCUCGAGACGGACUACAACCCGUACGAGCACCGGCACGUCGAGCAUCCCACGACGAACAACGAAACGCUGAUCCACCUGCUGAAGGGCUCGCUCGGGACUGGGAUCUUGGCCAUGCCGAACGCAUUCCACCACGCUGGGUGGCUGGUCGGUGGCGUUGGAACGCUGCUGAUCGGCAUCCUGUGCACGUACUGCAUCCACCUGCUCAUCAAGGCCGAGUUCGAGCUGUGCCGGCGGAAACGGGUGCCGAGUCUGAACUACCCGGCGGUCACGCAGACGGCGCUGCUCGAGGGACCGGAAACGCUGAAACCGCUGUCCAAAGUCAUUAUCCACAUCAUCAACACCUUCUUGCUGAUCUAUCAGCUGGGCACGUGCUGCGUUUACGUGGUGUUUGUGUCGUCCAACAUUAAGGCCAUCGCGGACUACUACACGGAGAACGAUACCGACGUGCGGAUAUACAUGCUGAUCAUCCUGUUGCCACUUAUCCUGAUCAACUGGGUUCGCAAUCUCAAAUUCUUGGCACCGUUCUCGACGCUCGCUAAUUUUAUCACCCUGGUCUCGUUCGGCAUCAUCCUGUACUACAUCUUCCGCGAGCCGAUCUCGUUCGAGGGUCGGGAAGCGGUCGGCAACGUGGCCGAGUUCCCGCUCUUCUUCGGCACGGUCCUGUUCGCGUUGGAGGCCAUCGGUGUGAUUCUACCGUUGGAGAAUGAGAUGAAAACGCCGAAGAAGUUUGGCGGAAACUUUGGAGUGCUCAACAAGGCUAUGCUUCUGAUCGUGACGCUUUACAUCGGAAUGGGAUUCUUCGGAUACCUGAACUACGGAAUGGAUGCCAAGGGUUCGAUCACGCUGAAUCUUCCCGAGGAUGAGAUUUUGGCUCAGUGCGUUAAGGGAAUGCUGGCCUUUGCCAUCUACAUUACCCACGGGCUGGCCUGUUACGUGGCCAUCGACAUCACCUGGAACGAUUACAUGAAGAAGCACAUUGGGGACUCGCCGCGGGCCACCAUCUACGAGUAUCUCGUGCGGACGGUGCUGGUGCUGGUCACAUUCCUGCUCGCCGUGGCCAUCCCGAACCUGGAGCUGUUCAUCUCGCUGUUCGGGGCGCUCUGUCUGUCCGCCCUGGGUAUCGCCUUCCCGGCGCUCAUUCAAACGUGCACGUACUGGCACGAAACGCACGGACUCGCCAAGGCCUGGAUGAUUGUGAAGAACAGCGUCAUCGGAGUGAUUGCCGUGAUUGGGCUGCUCGUCGGAACCAGCACCAGCCUGAAGGAGAUUAUUCAAACCUUUGGGGAUCACGAGUAGAGGGUUGAAGAAGACGGGGAAGUGGAGAUUUUCCAGGAAAAUCCAUCCAGUUUGAAAUUUUUAAGGUCGUUGCGACACGACGCAAUAAUUGCAUUCCUAUUGGUUUUAAAAACUGUUUUUGUGUAGAUACUAUCGAAGUUGUGUAUUUUACCUAUAAGUAUUUAGAGCUAGCGACAGGAGCGACCCCACAGACAACUAUUUUAUUGUGAUUAAGAUAAUACGCAAUCGUUGUAUCGAUUAGAGAGUGAGAUGAAUAUUUUGUGCCAACCAUAUCUAAUAGUAUUUUGUAUGACGAUAGCACCGUGCAAAGAGCUAUUGAAGUAACGAUAGACGAUAUUUUGAUGUUUUAUACAUUGUCGAAAGUAGUGUUAACAAAUUGAAAGAGAAAAUUCAUAUUGUAAAGACGACAGUUACACUUUUAGCAAAAUGUUGAAAUGAUCAAUAAAGUAUUAUGAGAAUA